CCGCCGCAGGCCUCGGCGGCCCUCCGCGCGCUGCUGGGGCGCCUGCCCCCGGGGGAGCUGCGCGACGUGGACUGUGACGGCGUGCAGGGCUCCCUGGUGGACUGGCGCAGGCUGCGGGAGCAGGUGCGGGGCCUCAACCAGGAGUUCCGGCGCGCCCAGGCGCCGCCCCGGCGGAGCUGCGCGCAGGCGCGGGACGCCGACGUCGUGCUGGCGCGGCCUGCGGCCGCCGUGGCCGAGUGCGGCCUGGGCGCGCUGUCGGCGCUGCUGCUGCUGCUGGUGUGCGCGUCCGAGUGCGUCUCGGAGACCGCCACCAGCGCGGCCGCCGCCGCCUUCGGCUCCGCGUGGCGCACCGUCCUCGGCGGGGCGCAGCCACUGCCGGCCUACAUGCUGGGGACGUCCUCGUGGCCGG